UUGUCUUAAAAUUGUUACAGAUGCUUUAUGCUCUGAACAUAUUGAAAACUGUGCUUAAGGCUUUUAUUGAUUGUACAGAGUAUUCUCUCUUUUUUUUUAAAUCAGCCCCCAUCACUUUUUUAAUUUUUUUUUUUUGAUUUAUAUAUACUUUUAUAUUAAAUUGUGCCCAGACUUUAAGUAGUCUGCAGGUUUAUUUGUAAAAACAUGCAACAUAUCUUUUUUGCAUUUUGAAUUGUUGGGGGGGGGGGGGGGGGGUCACACCUUAAGUCAUAGAGUUAUAGUGUUAGAAGAAUAAUUACGCUGCCAUUUAAGAAGACAUUUCUCAUUUCAUUUGAGCUAAUCAACACCACCAUUCCCACCCCACUCCACCCCCUUUCGACUGAGGAAAAAAUGGAAAUAAUGGGAAAAAAAUGGGGGGGGAAAACCCCUGAAAAUAUAUGUCAAUCUUCUUCAACAAGAUGUGAAUUAAGUUGUGCCAAAAAUAAAAGAAAGAAAAUGAACACAAAAUACCAUUUUUUUAUUCAAUUUUAUUAAUUUUUUAUUCAAACUGUAGAUAAUUUUGUUAAUAUUCAAAGUUUAUUUUUGAAAAUACAUUAACAUGUAGGUUUAGUUAUUUGAUCAUGUAUUUUUUAUGUUAUGAAAAUUUCAUUUAUACCCUCAAGUCAACAGUUAUGCUGUAUUAUUUGUAGUUGUAAGGGGAACUGGAACCGAGAGAUAGAGAGAAGAUUUGAAAGGCACAGAUGAAGACAGAAGAAAAAAGAUAGAAAAAAGAUGAAGUGACAGGUUUGAACCAGUACCAUGUCCAGAAAGAACUCCUCCAUCGUCAGUUACCCGGAUUCUGACGACGACAACGACCCACUACACUACAUAAAGAAGUCCCGAUCGAGACACGACAAUGCCCAAUACACACAGGGCUACAAAAACAGGACCGGCAAAAACCCCGGAUACACACGAGAGUCUAGAAUGGAUGGUAGAAGUAGAGAUCCUCGUUUACAGCCGAGAGAGAAUAACUCCCGGGAUCCAAGAUUGCAGCCUAGAAACAGUGAUCCCAGGGACCAUAGAAUGACGUUCAGAAAUGCUGAAAGUGGUGAUCCGAGACUUCAAGGAAAACCUGAGAAAGAUGACCACUACGAACCAGUGUAUAAUCGCAAAGGCCGAGAUUUCGAACGAGAACAUGAGCACGUGGCUCAUAGUAACUCGUACGAGAGUGCCGGCGCGAGGUGGAAGCAGUAUAAAACCGAAAAGGCGGCCGAAAUCAGUAAAGCCGAUAGAUUCAAGAGCGCGGAAUCUGGAUGGAAGAAGCUCAAGUCUGAAAACAAAUGGGACACUUCUAACUGGACGAACCAAAGUGAAUCUUCAGACGAUGAUGACGGAGACAUUUACAACAGAAAAGCGCCAAAAUCCAAAAUUGAUUUAUUUUCGAAUACACCGGAUGGGGAAGGUGAUAACACUGAUGACAAACCGCCGACUGAGAAAGACUUUUGGUGGAAAUAUAAAGACGAUGAUCCAAUUCCAAAUAACGCAACACCUGAAAAUGUAACUGUUCCUGCUGAUGAUCUUUUUGAUGAAAUUCUGAGUGGAAACCUAGCUGAUAACAGUAAGGACCCCGAAAAGACAGAUGAUAUUACUGAUGAUUUUCUAUAUGAAGACGUAUUGCAGCAGUCCAGAAAGGUGUUAGAAGAAGGGAAAGCAUUUUUAGGCGAGUCUGUCCCGCACAGUCACGAUCGGAACACAUUAAGUGGUAUAAGUGAUAGCCGAUACGAAAACUCCGCACCAGUUCAUGAUUCUUUAAGAUCGAAUAAUGGAUUGCCCGCGCAGAUUCGAACUGAUGCCAGUUAUCAAUUCCUUAGUCAUACAGAAUCCCAAGAAACAAAACAAAAUCGCAUCGAUGACAGUUAUCAAUACCUUAGUCGUCAAGAAUCCCAAGAAACCAAACAGAAUCGUAACGAUGGCAAUUACCCAUACGUUAGUCGUAGAGAAUCCCAAGAAACAAAACAGAAUCGCAACGAUGACAAUUACCCAUACCUUAACCGUCAGGAAUCCCAGGAAACCAAACAGUUGUACCAAACCGAGCCUGACGGGUUGGAAGAUAACGGCGAAACUUGGGCAAGGUCCAUUACUGUGGAGAAGAAAGAGGACUCCAAUUGGUCGGAUGAAAGUCUCUCACCAAUUCGUCGUGAUGAACCCAGUCCUGACAGAGACGUACAAGUGAAUCUAGUCCGCAAAAGAAGUCCUGGUAGAACAAGAGAAAGAUCGCCUUCACGUUCGCGUUCACGUUCGCCGUCUGAAAAGAAACGAAAAGAUAAGGAGUCUUAUUCUAGUCUUUCGCCUGCUCGCCAAAAGCCGCCGAGUGAACCGCAGCCAGUGCAGCCAGUCGUAACCAAUCCUUACGAUAAUCCUAAACUAAAUGUUGAUAAUAUCGAUCGUUAUUUCGAUGAUUUAAUGGAGUGGAACUACAGCCAUCGCUGCCUCAUCUGUGACAAAACCUUUGAAAAUUUGACCAAAUGGACGGAGCACAUCUUGGACACGAAGCAUGGACGAGAGUUCCACCUUGAUCCUUAUAGAUGUCCACCUUGUCACGACAUGUUCCGAAACAAACAGGAGUGGAAAAUGCACAUGAUAUAUGCCCAUUCUCAUGGGUUCAUGGGUAGUAUAAACGUUCCAAAGCCCUGUACAGUGUUGCCACCAUCGCCUGCCUUUCCUGUUCAGCAUGGAUGGAGAUGUAAGAGUUGUUAUAUCAUAUCACAGACGGACGAAGACGCUUUCCGUCAUAUAAAAUAUGUUCAUCUUAUUCACACUGCCCAGUAUCCUUGCCCUUUGUGUGGUGAACCUUUUUGGCAUCAAAGAGACUUGGAUCGCCAUGCGGAUGACGUUCACGCUCCUCCUAAGUAUCAAUGUGAUAUUUGUCAGCGAGCAUUCGAAUCUGGAGAGAAGCUGCAAACUCAUCGCUUGAUUAAACACUCAAAGAAAAUCACUUGCUACAAAUGCGACAAACAAGUCGAUGAACUGAUUUUUAAAGAACACUGCGAAAUGCAUAAACUAGAAAUGUUGAAAUGUGAUUUAUGUAGAGACGUUUUCAAAGAUAAGUAUCACUUGGAGAAACACAUGAGGUAUGACCAUAAGAAGUAUCGUCACCACCAUCGCUCGUCUUCAAGAUCCCCAGACCGUCGCUCCUCCCGGAGAAGAUCACGGAGAAGUUCUUCACGGUCCAGAAGAAGUUCUUCGAGAUCCAGAAGAAGUUCUCCAAGACCUCGCAAAGUCUCGUCAAGAGACGACCAUGAUCGAAGAGACGAGAAACCGCGUAGGGAAGACCCUUCUGCUGAAGAAAAGUCGACUGAGCAAAGCAUGAAUAUAGAUCACAGAGCUAGGUCCCAAGAGGAUUCCAGUAUUCCAUCGAGUAACUGCGCUACCCCAACUCGUGAUGAAGACGAGGACAUAUAUCCUCCAGGAGACGAGAGCUACAGACAAGUAAUCGUUAAAAACAAUAGCGAUAUUAUAGAAGCAUCUCUUGUGAACGACAAAAACAGUCGCCAAGAUCGCGAAUAUUUGUCGCCGCGUGGAAGACGAGAUUCGCGAGAGAGCAGGCAUCGUUCAAGGUCAAAGGAAAGACGACGCUCUAGAUCCAGGUCAUAUGAUCGGCGAUCUCGAUCACCACGCCGUGAGAGAAGCAGAUCACGUGACAGAUACUCGUCUCGACGUCACGGAAGUCAUAGAAGAAGUCGAAGCCGUUCCCGAUCUCGAUCCUAUUCAAGAGACAGGAGGAUUAGUAGAAAAAGGUCAACGUCUGCUAGAGACGACCGCGUUCUUGAUCAAGCAGACGACAAAGGAAAAAGGGAAAGAAAAUUUGUUGAAGAGCCUAGUAAUCUUAACAAUAUUUCGUCGAAUACAGAAGAAAGCUAUGCAGAUGACUCCAAGGAAAAUGCAGACGAUGAGGAGACGGAGUGGGAGAGGAGAAUCAGUAUGAAGAUGAUCGUCAAAGAUGAAGUCUGGGACAAAGAAGACGACGUAAAACCUGAUGAAGUCUUACAACCGGAAGCUCCAAAAGAUCUCCCGAUAUUCGACAUUCCGAAAGAGGACGAUGACAGAGGAAAGCCCGAAGGCAAGGGCAAUGUCGUUGAAAAUGCAACUUGGGUCGUGGAGGAGAAACCUUCGGACGAAAACAAGGACUCGAAAGAGGAGAGCGAUAAUGAGGAGGAGAAGAAACAGUUUGUGUGUAAAGAGUGUGGAAAGGCACUGGGAUCGCUGAUGCAAUUGCGAGACCAUUUCACGGUGAAGCACAAGAAAGGGUACAACCUGCGAAAUAAGAGACCAGCGACAGACAUUAAGAGGUCCCAGCCUGUUGCAGAAAAGGAACCGAAACUUUCCGAGGAGCAGAAAGAAAUCGCUAAACUUAUUGAAGGAAUAGAAUAAACUCCCUGUUUUAUGCCCUUUCAUGUUUCAUGUGUGAUUCUGAAAUGUUGAUUUUUCUGCGUUCGCAGUCCGCACAUAUAGACUGUAUAAUUGUCGUGCAAGUUAUGUUUUUUUAAAUGGUUUGGCAAAUUUUAUUGCCUUUCAAGGUUUACGAAUAGUUUCAAUCUCCUUCCGUUUUGAUUAAAUGUAUUUAUAAAUCAGUCACCACUGCAUGCACUGAAAGAAAGUUUUCGCAAUCGAUUAUUGAGGUUUGAUGUCAUUAAAAUUUACUUAUUCGAUAAAAUUGUGAAGUACUAUUAAUAAGACUAUAUGAUUCAAUGAAGACCAGCAAACAGCUGGGUUUGUUAUAUUGUUGUUUGAUUGUAUUCAGGUCUUUUUUGGGUGCUAUAAGCAAUCCUGUGAAUGUCUACAUGUAUGUAUAUGUAUACGUUAAAACUGCACCGUUUGAUGUUGAUAAGAAAAAUGAAAAAAAACUUUCAGGAUUAUCCGACAUAUUCAUUAAAUUUAUACGUUUAAUUUUGUCUACAAACUUUUUGGCCUAACCUGUAAACAACCAGCACUCAGUUCGGAAAUAAAGUUGUUUGUCAAUA